CUUUUGUUACCGAAGACGAACAACCCCAAGUUGGACAAUUAUGUCCUCGUGCUAACCUGGUAUCUGGUGGUGCGAGUGUAUUGUAGCUUGUCUCUAGUAGGCUGGUGAGAACCUCGAGUCAUCUUCCAGGGACCCAGGUCAAGCCCUAGUUUACCUGAAGGCGAACACAACAUGACGAUUGGAUGGAAGAAGGUGAGGACUGCGCUGAAGACAUACAAGCAUCUUCCCUACAGCUUUGUGUAUCUGUUCUCCUUCCUUCUCACAGAUGUACUGUUUGGCUGUCUGCCUCUCGAGCCAUACCUGGCAUCUUCUUGGACAGGGGCUGAAUAUCGUCUGAACUCUCGUUACCAUUUGCCAGAACAGCAAGUUCAGUUUCUCGCUCCUGCAAAAUAUCCCCUUGGGCUUGUCACAGGCGACUACCUCGGCUAUGAGUGCCGCUGAGUCACUUAUUCUGCAGUCCCUGGACCAUACACAACUUAUCUUGCUAACUGUGGUACU